GAUGAUGUUAACAUUCGCACUAGCGGGCUUCGCCUUUUUCCUCGCCUUCUGCGCCCUACACUUUUACUUCUCAUACAAACACAAAUAUUGGCAAAAACGCGGUGUCUACUCGCCCGGCGGAGCGAAACUUUUCUUCAGCCACUUCGCAGACGUCGCUCUGAUGAGAACCACAUCAGCCGAAUGGAUGAAAAAGUUCUACGAUCAAAUAGAUAGGGACUACAUCGGCGUGUACAUAUUCGGCGAUCCCUACCUGAUAAUCAAGAACUCCAGUCUACUGAAGUCGGUCCUGAUAAAAGAUUUCAACUAUUUCAUGGACAGGAACGUGACUCCGGGCGGGCACGAGCGCUACUCCCCGUACAUGAUGUUCUUCCAGAAAGGCUCCACCUGGAAGGUGAACAGACAGAGGAUAACACCGGCCUUGACCAGCGGCAAAUUGAGAUCCAUGUUUCCUUUGUUCGUGGAAUCCUCGCAGGAAAUGGUCAACUAUCUCGAACGAAACCAAACGGUUCUCGAAGCCAGAGAUAUGGUCGCUAGAUACACCACAGACGUGAUAUCCAAAACUGCUUUCGGUAUAAAUCCGCACAGCUUCGACGGCGAAAACUCGAAAUUCACGGUAAACCGACGGGCAUUGUUCGGCUUCUCCUGGAGGAACGCCUUCGCCCAGUCCCUCUGCUUCUUCAAGCCCGACUGGGUGCCGAUACUGAAGCCGAAUUUCUUCGAUCCCCUCGUCAUGGACUACUUCUCCGACAUUUUCCUGGCUUCGUUGGAGGCCCGCACGACCAAAAACAAAGCCUACAGCGAUCUGAUCGACGUGGUGAAGGAGCUGCGGAAGAACAACGACAUCCAGAUGGACGACAGGCAGUUCUGCGGUCACGCGUUGCAGAUUUUCAUGGCCGGAUUCGAAACGACCAGCGGGGCAAUUUCGUUCACUUUGUACGCCUUCGCUUUGUAUCCUCACAUACAAGAGACAGCCAGAAGGGAAGCGGAGGAACUGAAGGAGAAGUACGGCGGCUUCACCUACGAAGCUCUACACGACACACCAUACUUAGAUAUGUGCAUAAAUGAAAGCAUGAGGAUAUAUCCACCUUUGGCUUUUCUGGAAAGGAAAUGCAUCGAGAAUUAUAGGAUUCCCGGUACGGAUUGCGUGAUAGAAAAAGACACGGCGAUUCUGAUACCUACGUUAGGUUUCCACAUGGACGAGAAAUAUUUUCCGGAACCCGAGAAAUUCGAUCCGGAACGGUUCAGAAACAGGCUGGAUCAAAGCAGUGGGUUGUAUUACUUGCCCUUCGGGGAAGGACCUAGGAAUUGUUUAGGUGAAAGGAUGGGCAGAUUGAGCGUUAAAUUGGCUCUGGUCUCUAUUAUUACGAAUUUUGAAGUGACCAAGUGCUCUAAAACUCCCGUUCCCGUCGUGUUUGAGCCGAGGAGUUUCUUAACGCAAUCCAAUGUGGGAAUUCCAAUAAAAUUUGCGAAAUUAAGAUAGAAUUUUACGAAAUAAUAUUAUUAUCUACACAUGUUUAUUGUUAUUAUUAGGUAGGUAAUAUUAUUUAAUAAAAUAAUAUCAGUAGGUUUUAUAAAUGUAUGUAUUUGUAUAAACUUCAACAUUAUUC